AAGUUCAAGGUCGCCGACCUCAGCUUGGCCGCUUUCGGUCGUCGCGAGAUUGAACUCGCCGAACACGAGAUGCCCGGUCUCAUGGCCACCCGCGAGAAGUACGCCCAGGAGCAGCCCCUCAAGGGCGCCCGCAUCGCCGGUUGCUUGCACAUGAGCCGGAUUGAAGCUGACCCGCGCCUCCACAGCCNNAUCCAGACUGCCGUCCUCAUCGAGACCCUCAAGGCCCUCGGUGCCGAGCUCACCUGGUCAUCCUGCAACAUUUUCUCCACCCAGGACCACGCCGCCGCCGCCAUCGCCGCCGGCGGUACCCCCGUCUUCGCCUGGAAGGGUGAGACCGAGGAGGAGUACGAAUGGUGCCUCGAGCAGCAGCUCACCUCUUUCCCCUCGGGCAAGUCUCUCAACUUGAUCCUCGACGACGGUGGUGACCUUACUGCCCUUGUCCACAAGAAGUACCCCGAGAUGCUCAAGGACUGCUACGGUGUCUCCGAGGAGACCACCACCGGUGUCCACCACCUCUACAAGAUGCUCAAGAACAAGGGCCUCCUUGUCCCCGCCAUCAACGUCAACGACUCCGUCACCAAGUCCAAGUUCGACAACCUUUACGGCUGCCGCGAGUCGCUUGUCGACGGUAUCAAGCGUGCCACCGAUGUCAUGAUCGCUGGUAAGGUCGCCGUUGUCGCUGGUUUCGGUGAUGUCGGUAAGGGUUGCGCCCAGGCUCUCCACGCCAUGGGUGCCCGCGUUCUCGUUACCGAGAUCGACCCCAUCAACGCCCUCCAGGCCGCCGUCUCCGGCUAUCAGGUCACCACCAUGGAGAAGGCCGCUUCCGUCGGUCAGAUCUUCGUCACCACCACCGGCUGCCGUGACAUUCUCGUUGGCAAGCACUUCGAGGCCAUGCCCGAGAACGCCAUUGUCUGCAACAUUGGUCACUUCGACAUUGAGAUUGACGUUGCCUGGUUGAAGAAGAACGCCACCUCGGUCCAGAACAUCAAGCCCCAGGUUGACCGUUUCCUCAUGCCUUCCGGCCGUCACAUCAUCCUCCUCGCCGAGGGUCGUCUCGUCAACCUUGGCUGUGCCACCGGCCACUCUUCCUUCGUCAUGUCCUGCUCCUUCGCCAACCAGGUCCUUGCCCAGAUCAUGCUGUUCAAGGCUGGUGACGAGGCCUUCGGCAAGAAGUACGUCGAGUUCGCCCGCGCUGGCGAGGGUGAGGGUGUUGGUGAGCUCAAGAACGGCGUCAUGCCCGUCGGUGUCUACGUCCUGCCCAAGAUCCUCGACGAGCAGGUCGCUCUUCUCCACCUCGAGCACGUCAACGCCGAGCUCUCCACCCUCACCGACGUCCAGGCCGAGUACCUCGGUCUCCCCGUCGAGGGUCCCUUCAAGAGCGACAUGUACAGAUACUAG